AUGGAUAUAAUUGAAUUAAAUGUUGGUGGAAAACAUUUUAUGACAACUUUGCAAACUUUAACCCAAUAUAGUGAUAGUUUUUUGGGUGUGAUGUUCAGCAAUAGAUUUCAGUUGUCGUUUGAUAAGAAAGGUCGUGUAUUUAUAGAUAGAGACGGUGAUUUGUUUCAUCAUAUAUUGUCGUUUCUUAGGUCUGGUUCAGAUAACGUUGGAUUCACCACGAAAGAUAGCCAUUUUCAUUUGAUCAUCAAUGAAUUUCAAUACUUUGGUUUGUUGCACCAUUUGAUAUUGUCAUCUUCGAGACCGUUCUACCAAUCGAUUACACCACCUUCGAAAUUCUCAUUUUCACGCGUUGCUCUGCUCUCUGGACAUAUCUAUAUUUUUGGAUUGCGCAACAGUGCGCCACUCGUUGAAAUCUACAAUCCUCUGAUGAAUAGAUGGGAUUCCAAUCGAACUGAUAUGUUCCCUAUUCGUGGUCCUUACAUAUCGAUGGCACUGGAACUGUAUGCUUGUGGUGACACUCUCGCCGAACUCAAACAAUACGAUACAAAGAUGAACAAGUGGAUAACCGUACCAAUGAAACUGGUAAACUGUCAAGAUACAGAGUUGAUAGACUUCUCGUGGUGUACCUACAAAGAGUAUGAUAAGACAUAUCAACCGAUCCAAGUGUAUCGACAUCAACAACAAAUGAUAUCGCUAUCGCCAAAUCAACAACAACAACAUCAACAACUACCAACCAGCAACAAUAAUGUUAUUUGUAACCGACAUAUAUCUUAUCUACUAGGUAACGAACGACAGAAACUAUCUAUCUAUUGUGUCGAUACAAAGUAUCAUACGGUUAGCCUUGUCGAUACUCUCCCAUUCGCUCACAUGUCAUUGGAAUGUGCUUGUCUCAUUGUGUUAUCAAACUGUCUCUAUGCAAUCGGUGAAGAUUAUUUCAUUGAAAUGUUUGAUAUUUCAAGAAAUCAAUGUUGUGUGGUUAAUUUACCACUACUUUCUACUUAUGUUCACAAUAAUAAUAAUGAUCAGGUGAAAUUAUUUAUAAAGAUGUACAAAAUAGAUAAUAAUAUACAAUACUUUAAUAAUUAUUCAGUACCAAAGAUUUCCAAUGCUCCAACUACAACUACAACUCAAAAAUGGAGUGAAGUUCGCAUUAAAAAGAUUCGGUCAAAGUCAAUUUCUCGCAUGCUGGUGGAAGCUGCAAAUUCAAGAUUGAGGAACGAAGAGACAGACAUAGGAAACGGUGGUGUAAUUCUUGCUAGACACAGGAUAUAUAGAAGUUGCAUGGCAGCUAUUAAUGAUUUGAAAACAAAGAAGUUGGAUCUUACCACCGAUGGAGACGAGUACAUCACAACGAUUUUAGAAAAUUUAAAGCUCAAAAAGAUUGAUGCUGAUGUACAAAACAUUUCAAAGAGUAUAAUGAGGGUAUCUACAUUGAAUAAUACUGAGAAUAAUAAUAAUAAUAAUAAAAAAGAAAAUAAAUACGAAGAACAACAAGAACAACAACAACAACUGCAAAAACCAAAGAGAAAUACAGUUAAACUGAAAAAACCUCUUGAUAGUAUUAGAUGGUACCAUCCUCUCGAUAAUAUUCAAUAA